AUGAGCGCACCUUCUUUCAACUCGUCCGAGCCCAAGGGCGGAGACACCCUCCUCGUAGAUGUCAACGCUCAAUAUGCUGGGUUUGAAUACCACUACACGUACAUAAUGUUCUGCGGCUUCAUUGUCUGGCUGAUCAUUCCGGGCAUCGGUCUGCUCUAUGGUGGUCUGGCUCGCCGCAAGUCUGCUUUGACACUUCUCUUCCAGAGUUUGAUGGUUGCAGCCGUCACGACGUUCCAGUGGAUGUUCUGGGGAUACUCUCUUGCAUACUCGAGGACCGCUGGACCUUUCAUUGGAGAUCUUGCCAACUUUGGAAUGAAGAAUGUAAUGGCUGCUCCAUCGCCAGGAAGCGCUGUGCUUCCUGAGAUUGUGUUCUGUUUGUACCAACUCUUGUUCUGUGCUUGCACUGUACAGAUCGUGAUCGGUGGUGCCUUUGAGCGUGGUCGCAUCGUUCCCUCCCUCAUCUUUGCCUUCUUCUGGGCAACAAUCGUCUACUGUCCCAUCGCAUGCUGGACUUGGAACGCAAACGGGUGGUUGUUCAACCUCCCCGCUCUUGACUUCGCUGGAGGUGGACCUGUACACAUCGCUUCAGGCUGGUCAGCACUCGCGUAUGCCUUCGUCCUCGGCAAGCGAACUAUCCCAGGAGAAGGCAAAAGUCACAGUCGUCCUCACAACACGACACUUGUCUUUCUCGGCACCGUCCUCAUUUGGUUCGGAUGGUUUGGCUUCAACGGUGGAAGUGCUCUCAAUGCUUCAGUCCGUGCUAUGCUUGCUGGAUUCAACACCAAUACCGCUGCCAGCUUUGGUAUUCUUGGGUGGACACUCGUCGACUACUUCAAGAACGGCAAGAAAUUCAGCAUUGUUGGCGCUUGCGAAGGUGCUAUUGCUGGUCUUGUUGGGAUCACGCCUGCCGCUGGAUACGUUGGUGUCUGGCUUGCCGCUGUGAUUGGUUUCGUCACUGCUGCCGUUUGCGCUCUUCUCCAGGACUUGAACACCUGGCUCCAUAUCGACGAGGGGCUUGACGUAUUCAAACUCCACGGUAUCGGCGGAAUGGUUGGCAGUUUCUUGACUGGUAUCUUCGCUUCCGAGACCAUCUCCAUGCUCGACGGCGCAACAUCUGCUCCGGGUGGUAUCGAUGGUAAUGGAAUCCAGGUUGGACGACAAUUCGCCGAGAUCACUGCUAUCAGUGCAUACUCGUUCAUCGUCUCUGCCAUUCUCCUCUACAUCUUGAAAUAUAUCCCCGGCAUGCAUUUGCGAGUAUCUGAGGAGGCUGAGUUGAACGGCUUGGAUCUCGAUCAGUUUUUUGAAGAGCAGAUUGGUGAUUGGAGUGGGUUUGAGCAGAAUCGCUUGCAGUUUGACAUCAGCUCACCAACAACACCUCCUGUCCAGGAAGUUCCGGAGGCGAUUGAUGGUGUGGAAAAGAAGGCUUGA